GUGCGCCUGCGCGGUGCCGCUGGCGGUUGUCUGAGUGAUUUGAGUGUCUGCUGGAUGUUUACUAUUCGUGUUUUUUUCUGAUCAGCUUAACUUCAUUAAACUUUCGCUUUCUCUUCGCGUUCUGCGGUGGAUUUAUGUGUGAUUUUGCUGCUGAUGGCGUGUGAAGAGCGUAUGCAGUCUCCAGAGUCCGGUGUCUCGUCUCUGCUGGCCUCGUCUGGACGUCUGCACAGUUUUCUGCAUCCGCAGCCUGAACACAUCAUCACAUACAGAGACAAACACUACAGCUCUGCAUCUGCUGCGCUGGACGCAUACAUCUCUGACUACCAGCAGAGCCUGGGGAGCCGGACACUGCAGCUGCACACACACACACGCACACGCAAAGACACAGACGUGCUAAAGUCGAGUCUGACGGACAGAGAGCUGAGUGUCCUGAACAUCCCCACCAGGAGAGACAGUGACAGGCUCAGUUUGACCACUGAUGACCUGCUGGAUCUCCCAAAUGAUGGUUCUCUCCCGGUGACCCGCACCUCCGCCCUCCUGACCCGAUCUGAGAGCUUUCCAGUGGAACACAGCUUCAACUCUAGGCCCUGCUCUCAUCUGCGGCCUACUUUUCUCAAAUGCUCCCUGUGUCCUCCUGCAGAGCUGGCAAAAACCCUCCAUGGUGCCCAUUUACGAUCGCAGAGUAAAGCUCCGCCUCCAAACAUCCUACCAGCCAAUCAGAGACUUCCAUUAGACACACCCACAUACCGGAAUUUGCCACGCUGGAUGAGCAGCCACAGAGUUCCCCCAUGGGUCACGGAGCUGGAGGAGGGCAGAAGUCAGACAGAGGUCAAAGAUCACUCAGGAGAGGACGUCAGCCUGAGGGAGCUGCGUUUACAACACACACACUCAAACACGCUCCAGACGGCAAACACACCACCCCUUUUUAAAGCAAAAACCCUCCAUGGUGCCCAUUUACGAUCGCAGAGUAAAGCUCCGCCUCCAAACAUCCUACCAGCCAAUCAGAGACUUCCAUUAGACACACCCACAUACCGGAAUUUGCCACGCUGGAUGAGCAGCCACAGAGUUCCCCCAUGGGUCACGGAGCUGGAGGAGGGCAGAAGUCAGACAGAGGUCAAAGAUCACUCAGGAGAGGACGUCAGCCUGAGGGAGCUGCGUUUACAACACACACACUCAAACACGCUCCAGACGGCAAACACACCACCCCUUUUUAAAGAUGACAGGAUUGGAUCUCUGAUCUUAAGAGCGGAGCAGAUGUUAAAUUCUCCAUCAUUUGCUGUCAGUGAUGCGGUAAAAGAGCUCAAUGCUUCAGCAGAUACAGAAGAGGCGCUGGACGUGGACCGGUCCUGGGACAAUCCACCAGUGGCAUUUAAAUCUCCAGUGCCGGUGGGCAUCGCUGAAGAGCCGCCAGCAGCUGAGGAUCUGCAGAGGAGUAAGUCUGCAGCAUCCGGCUCUUCCGGAUACAGCAGCAGGAAUCAUCCGGGUCCAGUGGAGGCGCUCAAACACAUGCUGUACCGCCUGCAGGCCGUGGAACAGAAGAUCAGCCAAUCACAGCACAGCAUUACAGAUUCAGCAGACACUGCAGAGCAGCAGGAAACAGAAGCUGUGGAUGCAGGAAGCGGCGAGUCUUUACUGAGAGCUCUUCAUCAUUUGGAGCGGCUGAAAACACUGGUGGACGAUAUGAAUGAUAGGAAGGUGGGAGCAGGGAAUGAUGGGAUUGACUCUACAGACUGCACCAGAAUCAGCAUGCACACAUGAAGACCCGACCUCAGACUGUUAUUAAUACAGUCUAGCAUGAAAUUAUUCAUUCACCCCUGACAAAUUCUGGCUUAAAGUUAUUGUUCAAAUGUACAUAAAACCUAAAACAUAUAUAUUUUCCACAAUGAUGCCUCUUGAAUGUCACGUUAUAGUCUUCUGGGAGUAGCCUGGGUCAUUUCCAGGUAAUAAAACUACUUUCUGGUUGACUUGACGUAAGUUUAAGUCAGAGUUUGCCAGGGGUAUGAAUACUUUCAGGCUUGGCUGUAUAUAAACACAGACACGGCUCAUAUUUGCUUAAAGGUGUCAUUUCUAUUUUCAUUUAAAGGGACAGUUCACCCAAUAAAUGUCAAUUCUGUCUUCUUUUAGUCCUCUUCAAAACCGGAGUUUCUUUCUUCUGUUGAACACAAUGAAAAAUAAAUAGAGUAUGCUGGAAAAAGGCGACGUUGAGAAGAUUUGUAUUUUUGGGUGAACUGGCCCUUUAAACUGCAUCAACAAAAGCUUCUUUAUCAGUGGUUUGUCUGAAGAGUGUUAUUGACUCAAUUAUUGCACAAUUAUUCAGUUUUGUAUAUAAAUAAACGCUUAUUUUAAGCUAACGGAGUUCGAGUAUUUCAGUUGUCAAAAGGAUCAUUCAAGUUCUGGUUUUGAUGUUGAUUAAAGACGGAACUUUAAGUAGCUUCUUGCAGUUCUGACUUUUAUUAUGAAA